AUGCGCCUUCACCAGGUAGCACCGGGCGAGACCCUCUUCUCCAUCGCCUCCAGUUACCACCUCCCCCUGGACGCGCUCCUCGCGGUAAACGACAAGCCGUCGCCCGCGGUGCGAGUGGGGGAGGUGAUAUUCCUGCCGGCCGCGGCGAAAAUCGGCGACGUGACGAGUUUCGCGACAGGUCCAAGAGUUACCGCGAAAAGCGGUGACUUGGCAGGGUGGAAUGGGGCGGAGGGAGGAGGUGAUAACACGGCUGGAGGAAGGGUUGAAAGGGGGGAUGUCGAUUACGAGUCGCAGCAGCAGCAGCAUGUAAGUCAGCCAAGUCAACCUGGCAGUCAACGUCUGAGUCAUCUUAGUCAACCCAGUAAUCAGCAUCUUAGUCAAGAAGACACGGAAAUCAAGGUAUCGCAGGACUUUGCCCUGAAGUUUAGAGAGAAACCCGGGGGAAAUUACCCCGGAAAAUACUCGGCGGGUCCGAAUGCCGGGCAGCAGCGAUACGGGUCUGGGGCGGGGGAGGGCGGGAAGGCGAGAGGCGGAGGGGGAAGGGAGGGGGGGCUGUUUGGGGGGCGGAAGGAAAGCAGGGAGGGCGGCGGCGGAGGCAGCAAAGAGAGGCUGAGAAGUCAUAGCUCUGGGAAGGGAGAGGAGGCGAGAAGAGGGAGGGUGGUUGCUGGUGGGGGCUUGCAGCGAAUAGAGGUGUGCGAGGAGAGGGAGGUGGCUUCUGCUUUUGCUAGCGUGGGUGCUCCCAAGAUCCCGUUCCUUGACUGCACGCCUGCUGCCGCUGCUCGUUCCGGCCUCGCUGCCCCCUCUCACCGCCUCUCAUUCAGACAGCAGCCGCAGCAGCGAUUGCAACCGCAGCAGCCACAGCAGCUGCAACUGCAGAAGCCGCAGCUGCAGCCUCCUCGUGGGCAAGUGGGAGGGGGGUCAGUGGGGAACCAGCACAGGAGCACCUUUUUGGGCGGCUCUGCCCGACAGUUUACAGCCACGGUCGGGCAGCAACAGUUACAGCAACAGUUACUGCUGCCCGAGGGGAAACUUUUUGCUGGGGCGCAGCACGGUGGGAGGUGGGCGGUGGUGCUUGGCGUGGCUGUGGCCGUUGCUGCUGGAGGGGCGGCACUGGGCAACAGGGUUGGAUCAUUUGGGGGAGCAGCAGGCAGAGUAUCAGGGGGAGCAUUUGGGGGAGCAGCAGGCAGAGUAUCAGGGGGAGCACUAGGGGGAGCACUAGGGGGAGCAUUAGAAGGAGAAUCAGGGGGAGCAGCAGGCGCAAGUGUACAGGGAGGGAUAGGGGGAGGGGUAAGCGGGUGGAUGGGGGGAUUGUUUGGUGGUGAGGUUCAUGAUGCGAGCAAGAGGGGUCAAGGCAAAGGGCAGCUGUGGGUGGGAGAGGAGUUGGGAAUCAGUGAGAGCAGAGAGCAGCCAACGCACAGGGGGCACGGAAGAUGGGGGAAGGCUGGGAGUAACGAAGAGGGGAGCAGAGAGGAAGAGGGGAGUCAAGGAGAGGAGAGCAGGGAGGAGGGGAGCAGAGGGGAGGGGAGUAAAGACGAUGGGAACAGCGAGGAGGAGAGCAGGGGGGAAGGAAGGAGCAGAGCGGGAGCGGGGGGCAGAGAGGGAGGGAUCAGAGAGGAGGAUGGGAACAGGGAGGAUGGGAUACGAGAGGAGGGGGGUAUGGGGGAAGGGAAUGGCAGGGCGGAGGUAUGUGCGGAGGGGUUGCCUUUGGAGGAGGUGCGGAACUGGAGUGUGGAGGAGGCAAUUGCAGCCAAUGUGCAGGUUGCACGGAAGAUGGGGCUGCAGCAGGCCUGA